UUGGUUAUAUAAUUGUGUAAUGUUUGUAGUUUGAUGAAUUUUCGACUCCAAGUAUUAAUUUCAUGGAUAAUUUAAAGAUAUUUAAAUAUAGUUUUUCGUAUGAUUAAUAAGAAUAGCUUUUAUUCGGCUAGACUUCGAUGGCUUCUGUGAAAAUCCCAGAACAAAAAGUAAUUCUUUGCGGUGAAUUCGGUGUUGGAAAAAGUUCAUUAUUCAGACGUUAUGCCUUCAACAGUUUUGUGUCGUCUAACAAUAGGAAAUCCACUCUUGGGCUCGACCAUUUCAACAAAGAGUACAAUAUCAGGGGGAAAAGAAUAAACCUCCAGUUAUGGGAUACAGGUGGUAUGGAGAGAGUGGCGUCCAUCACAUCAAGUUAUUACAAGUUCGCAGAAGCGGCUAUUCUUGUAUUUUCCCUGGACAACCCUGCCUCGUUCCACGUCCUCUCCCAACAUUUGCUCGAUAUUGUCACAUAUGCUGAAAAUGCAAAGAUAUUCCUAUGCGGAAACAAAUCCGAUCUUGUCACACAGAUGGCCCAAGUAACAGAUGCUGAUAUGGAUAAUUUCUGUGAACAAUGCCACAAUUUGAUAAGUGUCACAUACAAAACAUCCUGCAAAACUGGUCAAGGUGUUGAUGAGAUGUUUUUAGAUAUAGCUCAACACCUAAUGCAGGCAAACCGUUCAAGGAUGGAAUUACAAGCCCUGGAUGAGUCUUCGUUUAAAAUAAUUCCAGCUGAGGAUCCAAUGGAGCCUCCUUGCCUCUGUUAACUAGUUAUUCUGCAUAGCUUAGCUUGUUCAAGAAUUUACCAUUACUGUGUAUCAGGUUUUUUAUUCAGUGAACCCAGUUGGGAAUAACAGACAUCAAAGUGAUACGUAUUGGUAAAAUUAAUUUUGUUACUAACGAAAGUUAAAAGAAAUGUGUCAACAACCUGAGGACAUUGCUAUAUCCAUGUUUCUUAUUAAUCCAACCACAUUUUGUUCCUAAUACAAUGUGUAUAUAUUAGUUUAUAUUUGACCCUUGAAGGAUUUGACCAUAAAUUUGUGAUAUAAGAUUUUUUUUAGAUUUAUAUUGAGUCAUGUCAUAAAGCUUAUUGGCAUUUUAGUUAUGUUACACUUGCUCACUAUACCUGCAUAACAUAUAUUAACCACAAUAACAAAAAGUUGGGUGGUAUUCCAAAUAUAGACAAAUUGUUUGACUUAUUAUUGAUACAUACAAAUUACCAGGUGAAAUGGAACAUUUUUAAACUAAAAUUUUACUAGUCUUAAAAUAUUUGUAAUAGAAAUAAUUAAGUAGUUU